UUCGAAGCGAAGGAUUGUUCGAAAACCGUUGAAAAAGUAGCUUUUUAUUUUCAAAGUUUCAUGAUCUUGGCAAGAUCGCAAGUGUAAUCGUUAUGGCAAGUCUUGUUCUUGAAGACGGAACCGUAUUUAAGGGCAAGCUCUUCGGAGCCGCCAGAAACUCGCCUGGGGAAGUUGUAUUUCAGACUGGGAUGGUUGGCUACCCUGAAUCACUCACAGAUCCAUCGUACCGUGCCCAGAUCUUGGUUCUCACCUAUCCUCUCAUCGGCAACUAUGGUAUACCUGGUAAUAGCCUCGAUAAAUUUGGCAUUUUGGAGGCAUUCGAGUCAGAGAAACUCUGGUUAUCAGGUUUGGUUGUUGGGGAUUAUGUGGAAGAAUACAGUCAUUGGAAUGCCAAGAAAUCACUGUCAGAAUGGUUGAAAGAACAUGACAUUCCUGGGAUUCAGGGUGUUGAUACCAGAGCACUCACAAAGAAAAUCAGAGAAAAAGGCACAAUGUUGGGAAAGAUUAUUAUUCAUGGCACAGAGUCAUCUGCUGUCCCCUUUGAUAACCCUGAUGAACGCAAUCUUGUUGCUGAAGUUUCAUUGAAGAAACCUGUUGUAUAUAACCCCGAAGGCGAUGUAAAGAUUAUAACUGUUGAUUGUGGGUUGAAAUACAAUCAGAUCCGAUGCCUGGUGUCUCGGGGUGCUUGUGUUGAAGUGGUUCCGUGGGACUAUGAUUUUAACCAAGGUGAAUUUGAUGCUGUAUUUCUGAGCAAUGGCCCUGGAGAUCCGAUGCAAUGUUCGGCCACAAUUGAAAACAUCCGGAAACUUGUGAACAGCAAGACACAGAAACCGAUCUUUGGAAUUUGUUUGGGACAUCAAUUGCUCUCACUCGCAGUUGGAUUAAAAACCUUCAAGAUGAAGUAUGGGAACCGCGGUCACAAUCAACCUUGCAUCCAUGAAGAAACUGGUCGAUGUUUUAUCACAACACAAAACCAUGGAUUCGCCGUCGACACCAAAACUCUGCCCUCGGACUGGUCCGUGCUGUUUACGAACGCAAACGACAAGACAAACGAAGGAAUCAUUCACAACAGUUCCCCAUUUUUCAGCGUACAAUUCCAUCCCGAACAUACAGCAGGACCCGAGGAUUUGGAAUGUCUUUUUGACGUGUUUCUACAAACCGUACGCGAUUUUAAGACGGGAACGAAGACUAGUGUUAAAGACUUGAUUAAUAAAAGAUUCGCUGUUCCGUCUAUCUCCUCAGACAUCUCAGUUCGACCAAAGAAAGUGCUUAUUUUGGGAUCGGGUGGACUGUCGAUCGGUCAGGCUGGAGAAUUUGAUUAUUCCGGUUCUCAAGCUAUCAAAGCUUUAAAAGAAGAAGGGAUUCAGACCGUCCUUAUCAAUCCAAACAUCGCCACAGUUCAAACGUCAAAGGGCCUGGCUGACAGAGUAUAUUUUUUGCCCGUUACAACCGAAUAUGUUACACAGGUUAUUGAAAGCGAACGACCCAACGGAAUUUUGCUAUCAUUUGGCGGCCAAACCGCGUUGAAUUGUGGUGUAAAACUGCAGGAGGAAGGCGUUCUGUCAAAAUACCAACUCCGGAUUCUCGGAACGCCUGUACAGUCGAUAAUCAACACCGAAGACAGACAGAUAUUUUCUCAGAAGCUCAGUGAAAUAGGCGAAAAAUGCGCUCCAAGCGAAGCUGCAUAUUCUAUGGAAGAGGUUCUAGCAGCAGCGUCGAGGCUUGGUUACCCGGUGAUGGUCCGCGCGGCCUUUGCCCUCGGUGGCCUGGGAUCUGGCUUUGCAAAAGACGAGGAGGAGUUGGUUCGACUCGCACGGAUUGCCUUCGCCCACACGAAGCAGGUGUUGGUUGAUAAGGCGUUGAGAGGAUGGAAAGAGGUCGAAUAUGAAGUCGUGCGUGAUGCAUACGACAAUUGUGUAACGGUAUGCAACAUGGAAAACGUGGAUCCACUUGGAAUACACACGGGUGAAUCAAUCGUUGUAGCUCCCAGUCAAACGUUAAGUAAUGCUGAAUACAACAUGCUUCGUACGACUGCAAUCAAAAUGAUUCGACAUCUUGGCAUUAUUGGAGAAUGUAACAUUCAAUAUGCCUUAAAUCCUUAUUCGAGCGAGUAUUACAUCAUUGAAGUAAAUGCUCGGCUUUCACGAAGCUCUGCACUGGCCUCAAAAGCCACUGGAUAUCCCCUGGCGUACGUCGCUGCUAAGCUAUCCCUAGGAAUCCCCUUACCUGAUCUCAAGAACUCUGUGACUAACUCGACCACUGCCUGUUUUGAACCAAGCCUUGAUUACGUGGUCGUGAAGGUGCCCAGAUGGGAUUUGAAGAAGUUUAACAGAGUCAGCACCAAGAUUGGUUCUUCGAUGAAAAGCGUUGGUGAAGUUAUGGCGAUUGGUCGCAAGUUCGAAGAAGCUCUGCAGAAAGCAUUGAGAAUGGUUGAUGAAUAUAACAUUGGCUUCGAUGCAAAUGGCUGCGAGGUUACUGAAGAUGAACUGAGGCAACCUUCUGAUAAACGUAUUCACGUGCUGGCGGCAGCUUUGGAAGAAGGUUAUGAUGUUGACAAACUUUACGAGUUAACGAAGAUAGAUCGCUGGUUCUUGUAUCGAAUGAAAAACAUCAUUGACGUGAAGAAAAACCUAAAAGAAAGCCAUUUGAAGGUUCACGAUUUAUCUCCACCUCAGCUACUUGAAGCAAAGAAACUCGGCUUUUCUGAUAAACAAAUUGCCAAAGUCAUUCAAAGCACCGAAGCCAGUGUUCGUCAUGCAAGAAAGACAAUGAACAUCAUGCCAUGUGUUAAACAGAUAGACACAGUGGCAGCAGAAUAUCCAGCAGUUACCAACUAUCUGUACUUGACCUACAGCGGUGAUCAGAACGAUCUGGAGUUUCCUGGUGAUGCUAUGAUGGUCCUAGGCUCUGGAGUGUAUCGUAUUGGGAGCAGUGUCGAAUUUGAUUGGUGUGCUGUUGGCUGCAUACGUGAACUUCGCAGACUUGGCAAACAGACGAUAAUGGUGAACUACAAUCCAGAGACGGUUAGCACUGAUUAUGACGAGUGUGACAGACUAUAUUUUGAUGAAAUAUCUUACGAGACCGUGAUGGAUAUAUAUGAGAUGGAGAAUCCUGAGGGUGUGAUAUUGUCCAUGGGAGGACAGUUACCGAACAAUAUCGCAAUGGCAUUGCAUCGUAGUCAGGUUCGAGUCUUGGGAACUUCUCCUGAAAUGAUCGACAAUGCGGAAAACAGAUUUAAAUUUUCUCGUUUGUUGGACAGUGUGAACAUUUUACAGCCGAAGUGGAAAGAAUUAACGACGCUAGAAGCAGCCAAAGAAUUCUGCAACACAGUUGGAUAUCCGUGUCUUGUUCGACCAUCGUAUGUGCUGAGCGGUGCAGCGAUGUAUGUUGCUUUCUCUGAUGAUAAUCUCACUGAAUAUAUGGCAAUGACUGCGUCAGUUUCCCGUGAACAUCCAGUCGUCAUUUCCAAGUUUAUUAUGGAGGCUAAGGAAAUCGACGUGGAUGCGGUGGCCUGUGACGGGGAAGUCCUCGCUCUCGCCAUUUCUGAACACGUUGAGAAUGCUGGCGUUCAUUCUGGGGACGCUACGUUGGUUCUCCCCGCUCAAGAUAUCAAUAAAGAAACUAUGGAGAAAAUACGGAAUGUCUGUUAUGCCAUUGGCAAGGCGCUGAUGGUCAGCGGCCCUUUCAAUAUGCAACUCAUCGCUAAGGACAACGAACUAAAAGUAAUUGAAUGUAACCUCAGAGUGUCCAGAUCAUUUCCCUUCGUAUCCAAAACACUCAAUCACGAUUUCGUUGCGAUGGCAACGCGCGUGAUCUGCAAUGCUGAUAUCGAACCAGUGAAUGAAUUGAACUGCAAUGGCCGUGUGGGAGUAAAGGUUCCACAAUUCUCGUUCGCUCGCUUGGCUGGGGCAGACGCGAUGCUUGGCGUGGAGAUGGCCAGCACAGGUGAGGUCGCGUGUUUCGGAGAAAAUCGUUACGAAGCUUAUCUUAAAGGAUUGAUCAGCACCGGGAUGACCGUGCCGAAGGAAAGCAUCCUUCUGUCCAUCGGGAGCUUCAAGGCGAAGAAUGAAAUGCUGCCCAGCGUUAAGACUUUGAGGAGUUUGGGUUUUCAACUGUACGCAAGCCUUGGUACAGCAGACUUUUAUACAGAACACGGAAUUGAGGUCCAUCCAGUUGACUGGCCCUUCGAAGAUGUGAACGGGAAUGGCAAUAAAAAGAAAAACAUUGCUGAUUAUUUAACACAAAAUAAGUUCGACAUGGUUAUCAAUCUUCCGUUGAGAAACUCCGGUGCUAGGAGGUCUUCUGCAUUCCUGACUCAUGGUUAUCGGACGAGACGGAUGGCUAUCGAUUACUCGAUACCAUUGAUCACCGAUAUCAAGUGUGCCAAACUUUUCAUUGAGGCCUUACGAAGAGUGCGUGGUUCACCUGCCAUCAAAACUCACAUCGACUGUCUGUCCUCAUUCCAAGCGUAUCGCCUGCCAGGCUUGAUCGACAUUCACGUACACAUGCGAGAGCCUGGCGCGAAUUACAAAGAAGAUUUCGAUUCUGGUACAGCGGCAGCGCUUGCUGGCGGCAUUACAAUGGUGCUGGCAAUGCCUAACACAAACCCUGCCGUCAUCGACCAAGAGUCGUUCCAAGUUGCACAACAGGCCGCUGCCCAUGGUUCACGCUGCGAUUACGGUCUGUAUUUUGGUGCCUGUGCCACAAACACAACUCUCUCCCCACAACUUGCAAGACAAGCCGCUGGUCUCAAGAUGUACCUGAAUGACACUUACACGACUUUAAAAAUGGACGACUGUGGUUUGUGGAUGAAGCAUUUAAACAAUUGGCCAAAACAUCUUCCAAUCUGUUGCCAUGCCGAGGGGCAAACGACGGCGGCCAUUUUGUUGCUUGCUGAACUGUGUGACAGACCUGUACACAUUUGUCAUGUUGCUAGACAGUCGGAGAUCACCGUUAUUCGAGCCAUGAAAGAGAAAGGUUUUCCGGUCACCUGCGAGGUUGCACCACAUCAUUUGUUUUUGACCGAGGACGACUUGAACCGAAUUGGACCAACCAGGGGCCGAGUUAAACCACCCCUCGUCACCACUGAAGACCAACAGGCAUUGUGGGAUAACAUGGAUAUCAUUGAUUGCUUUGCAACCGAUCAUGCUCCACAUUCUGUGUCCGAGAAAGAUUCUGAGAAUGCCCCUCCAGGAUUUCCAGGAUUGGAGACAAUGUUGCCAUUACUUUUGACAGCCGUUCACCAAGGAAGAUUGACCAUCGAGGAUAUCAUACUUCGGCUCCACACCAACCCAAGACGUAUAUUUGGUUUGCAUGAGCAACCUGACACGUACAUUGAAGUCGAGGUGGGCUCAGAGUGGACGAUACCUGACGCUAUGAAAUACACAAAGUCGAAAUGGACACCUUUCGCUGGCAUGAAGGUCUACGGAUCUGUUAAACGUGUCUAUCUGAGAGGACAAAUUGCUAUGGUUGAUGGCAAGGUGUUAACUGAGCCUGGUUAUGGUAUAGACAUUCGUUGCCAUGGCUUCGUGCCGUUCACGUCAGCACCAGUGAAACCUCAUGCCGUGGGCUCAGCUCCUAGCAGUCCACUAAAGUCCUCCGAGCAACGCUGGGGAUUUCCCCCAACUGUGCAGCGUAAUUUGGACACGGCCUUCUAUUCUGGAGAACAUACGUCAUCAUCACGGCUAGACGCCAUAACUCCAGCUCAUCCGCACGACGGUCAGCAGCCCACACCAGCGUCGUAUCCCGCCGCUCUUCGUCCAUCGCCGCCAAGCAUUCGGAAAUUCAUGCUACCGCCUACGUCAUUUCAUGGCUUGCAUAAACAUCACGUGCUCUCUGUAAAAAGCUUCACAAAGAAACAGUUGCGACACCUAUUCAAUGUUGCUCACGAAAUGAGAAUGGUCGUUCAGAGAGAUGGCUACGUUCCUAUUCUUGAGGGUCGAAUCAUGGGCUCCAUCUUCUUCGAAGCAAGCACAAGAACAUUUUGUUCUUUCGCGGCCGCCAUGCAAAGAUUGGGAGGAUCUGUCAUCCCUUUGAAGGUUUCUGAUUCUUCAACAAUGAAGGGUGAAACUCUUUCUGAUACUGUUCAAAUGAUGCAAUCAUAUUGCGAUGUCGUUGUCUUGCGUCAUCCGACCCCCGGAGCAGUAGAGAAGGCGGCGAAGAAUUCUCUGAAACCGGUGAUCAAUUGCGGUGAUGGCGUGGGGGAACACCCAACCCAGGCCCUUCUCGAUGUCUUUACGAUUCGUGAGGAAAUUGGCACGGUGAAUGGUUUAACGGUAACAAUGAUUGGUGAUCUCAAGCAUGGACGAACGGUUCAUUCCUUGGCGCGGUUGCUCAGCCUAUAUCGAGUGGAUCUCAGAUAUGUCUCUCCUGAAAGCCUAAAGAUGCCCAAAGAGGUCAAAGAUUAUGUUGCUCAGCGAGGAAUUACUCAGACGGAAUAUACAAGUCUCGAGGAAGUGUUACCAGAUUCAGAUGUUGUUUACAUCACACGGGUCCAAAAAGAAAGAUUCAAAAGCGUUGAUGAAUACAUUAAGGUGUCUGAUCGUUAUAUUAUAACGCCAGAGAUUUUAACCAAAGCGAAAGAAAAAAUGGUGGUGAUGCAUCCUUUACCAAGAGUUAAUGAAAUCAGCACUGAAGUAGACACAGAUCCCCGGGCUGCCUAUUUCCGUCAAGCAGAGUAUGGUAUGUACGUUCGCAUGGCAUUGCUUGCCCUGGUCGUUGGCAAGUGAAGUUCACUCCUAUUCUAUGAAUCAAAUGAAAAGUAGGCUUUGAUAUUUGUUUUAGCCGAAUUUAGCGUGUUGCGAACUAGAUUCGUUUUAGAAACAUUUGUAUAAUUUGAAUGUAUACCAUUCAUGACUUCGUUGAAACUUCACAAUGGAUAUUUAAGCGAGAAAGAACAGUGCAUGUUAUAGUUCAGAUGAGUAUUAGAAACAGUUUAUCGAGAGCUAUUCACUUUAAUAAUUAGUCGUAUGAGGUCUAUGUUAGUCUAAUCAAUACCUACUUAUGCAUUAUUAUAAACAACCCAUUUUGGACGAUGUGAAAUAGUCUGAAUUAACUGAGUUAAUUAAAUGAAGAGAUAAACCUACACACUUUUCCAUCGUUAAGCUUGAUGUGUUUAUGACACUUACAUAAUUGAAUGCACGGAGACGAAUCUUUUCAUUUAAAUUCAAACGCAUCACGAAGAUUGUGACAGCACGCUAUUAUAGCUCUCGUUUUAGCUUAACAAUACAUGAAUUUUGUAGCAUUAUGACAGGGUCAAAUACAUCCAAAAACCAUCAAAUAAUAGUUUUGUAGACCUCUAGAAUACUAUAUAAAAUUCACAAUUU